AUGACGCUAAACUUCCAGGCGCACGGGAACGCCCUUCAGACGGCCUAUAACCGAGUCGCUCUUUCUCAGACUGGCAAUGAGUGGUUUGUUCUCUGAAAGCUUCAAAUGAACUCUGGAAAGAAAAAUUGAUUACCAACAAGAAAAAUCGGGAGACUGAAUCAAAAAUAAUUUUUGCUUUUUCACUAUUUCCAUAGUUUUUCGAAAUAUUGCAACAUCCGAUGUUUUAAAUCAUGUAUUGGCAAAUGUUCGUGUUCAAUUAAUACUGAAUACAGCGUUAGCUGGUAGUUUUUAUAGAGGAACAAGCGUUGAAUACAACCAAUUAUGGCAUGUUCAAAUGAUUCCAAAAAAUCCAAAAUAGGCGUCGGAAAGAAAAGAUAGUUUUGAAUUUCGCAGAAAUUACCUUGAAGACGGCAUUAUUUUUUGUUUUCAAGGGUUAUCUACGACUACGAGGGCAACACAAAUGUGCUGAAGACCGGAGAAGAAGGAGGUUUGACGUCUAAGUUUCGCCUGACCAUCUCGGCGUUGUAGAAGACGGCCUAGACGAAUUCUCGACGAGUUUCAAUUCGGGCAGACUUCAAUUCGGCGUCAUCGCCGUCCGUCUCAGCCCGACGGUUCUGCCGAAAAUCGUGCUUGUUCACUGGGUCAGAUCACUUCGACUGAUGAUUUUUGAUGAAAAGAUCUUCAGCAAGGCGAGGGAGUUCCGACGACGCGCCUCGCCACCACGGCGACUCACUUUGAAGACGUGCGCCGUUUUCUGAAGACGGUCCACGUCAUCGUGCAUGCCAGAAGCGAUAUCGACGUAGAACCGGAAGCGAUCCAGCGCGAAGUCGCCAAGCUUCCUGCCGCUAACGCUUCGGUCAACGUGAGUUGUUUCUUUUUUUUCCAAAAAGGUUUAGCCUCAAGAAAUUCAUAGUAUUUGCCACGCAAGAUACUAGAAACUUCUGAAAGUAUGCUCAAAUACUCAGAAAUGGACUAGAGAAAGAUCCUGAGAAGACCAGACUGCGCGAAUUCCUAGUUUUCGAAAAAAAUAAAAAAACCUAAAAAGAUUGAAACCGUUUUUUUAAUUCGCCUCUUAAUCUUUAAAAAGAGAACCUUCAAAAUUAAAAUUCCGGCUAUUGGGCAAAAUUUCCAUCCAAGUUGUAAUUUUUUAGCUGAGCUUUUUGAAAUCUAAUGUUUUGCGAGUUAUUCGGUCAGUCAGUUUCCUUGCUUAUUAUUCGAUGUAAAACGAAAAAUUGACUUAUUUUUCGUAAAUAGCAUACUGCUCGAAAACUUGAAUGUUUAGGUAGAAUCGUCCUACUCAACCCCUGAAAGAGUCUCUUCAAACUACCAACCUGUGCGACCGCACGUCGAUCUGAACUCUCGUGCCCGUCAGGAGUUCUGGGACAAGAUGAACGGCGAAGAGAAGCAGUUGGUUGGCCUCAGAAGGCCUUCAGAGAAAGGUUUUGCAGAAGAGUCGAAGAGGAUCGGGCGGCGCGAGAGUCGCAGCAGAAGCAGUACGACGAGGAGCGGCAGCAGCUCGCCCAGGAGAUCAGGUCGCGAAGGGAGAACGAGGAGGAGACGGCGAGGGUCAGCUACAGCGAGAAGCCGCAGCCUCAGGUCGCAACUAGGCCGGACAACGCUUCUGGUCCUGGAAAAGGACGGCUGAUUGGAAGCCGGUUGGGCAUGUUCGAUAAAAAAGGUAAGUUCCGAAUUCUUUUUCUGAAUCUCAAUUCUUAAUCUUCAAAGUUGUUCCAUUGUUUCAGUGAAAUAAAGGAUAGAUGGCAUGAAUUUUGUCCUUAGAAACAAUUCUUUCAGAAAAAAAGAGUCAACCGUUUUUAUCUCAACUUUUCAAUAAUAGGUUUUUGGAAAAAACCCGCUGCAGCGGGUUAGAAAAAAAUACCUUUCAAGUCUGAUUUUCUCUGACUGGAUGAAUUGCAAUCAAGCAUGCAAAGCUCUAGAACAAAAAUGUUACCUAAUUCGAAACUGUUUCCUAAAAAGUAAUGUUGUAGUUAAGGACUUAAAAAAACAAAAAAUAGUUUUUAAAUCGAAGAGCAAGUCUUUGGGAAAGUUAUUGAUUUUCUUCUAGCAUUACAUAUGUUUACAUGUGUUCACGAAAACCUAUUUGAAACACUACGGUGCAUAACGUAUCAAAACAUCAGCAGAUUCUAAUCGCUUUGAGCCAAGAGAUAGCCAAAAAAUCGAAUAGACAUAUCUAGAGACCGCAAAGCCACGCCCCUUUUUGCGAUGGUGAAAUGCGAUGGUUUUUUAGAUUUCGUGUUUGACGUUUUCGUAAAAGCGCAAUACUGAAUCAAACACAGAGAAAUUUGGUGGAAACAUAGAGAAAACCUUCCUCUUCAAUCUGAUAUACUUUUCACCCGAUUUUCGUAGCGUUUUAGCGGAGUGUCGUACAAAAAACCGAAACUACUUUUUUUCUUCGGGUUUUCAACCUAGUUCCAUGUCGUUGGCGCCUUUUUUUUAUUUCCGAAUUCGAUUCUUAAGUGAAAAAAACAAAUCUUUUAAGACAAAAAAAUUAAAAAUUUUUUUACGGUGCCUAAUCUUCGUGAGGCCGCGCAAAGUUGAAAAUGUUGUACUCGGUUUCGAGAGCGUGUAAGUAAAAACUUUUUAUUUUAACUUGUGGUUUAAAUUAUAACUAAAACUUUAUUAAGAAAAAAACGCCGAAAACGGAAGCAUUUUGAACUGAAUCUCUAUGAAGAAAUUAUUUUUAGGUGGUCCGAACACACGUGACUAAUAAUUGUUCAACUAUCAUAACUUUUUUUUAAACAAUAUAGUCGGUAAAUGCUGUACUUUGAGGUGAAGUGGUGUAUAGCGCGAACGCCUCCCAUCUCCGAGAGAUGUACGUGGAGCAGCGCAAGUGCGCUUGCAUACAGUUUUGAUAUCGCGAGUUCAAUCCUCGCAGCGGCCAUUUUCUUCAUUUUCCAUGAAAAAUAGCUUUUCUCUUCAAACUUGUGGUUUUAUACUGUUUUAAUAACUAAUUAUGACUUUGAAAACCGAACUAAACUACUAAAAAAUUUAAAUCCGAUAUGAAAGCAAAAUGAACGACCAAAAGUGUAAAAUCUAAACUUUCAGUACUAAAUUUCGCGACUUUUUUCACUGCUGUUUUGACCAUAACUUUUUUUGUUCUCAACCUUUUUCGAAAAACUAAACUGUUUUGAAUAGUAAAUUAGAGCAGCUAUCCAACCAUAGUAAUAUUGAAGUUCGAAAUUUUUUUUGAAAAUUUGGUUGCGGUCCCUAGACAUAUCUUUAUGGUCAGGGAAGUACCUCAAACUCUAGAUUUCCUAAGUUUUAAAAGAUCUCUUUUCUAUUUACAACUUUCCAGACGAGAAGCCAAUAGUUCCGUCGGCUCCAAAGUCUGUGGGAAGCCGCACGACCAACGUGGCGAAGAAGUGGCCGCCGGUGUCGACGAACCACGAAUCCGUGGCCCCGAUAAUCGGAGAAGCCGCGAAGCCGAAACUCGUGAAAGACGCCAACGGUUGGUCCCGCUCGGCUUACGUUGACCUCUUCCGUGUGCAGAGAACACCUACAUUCCGCCGUCGCCUUCUGAAGUCUCUCCGCAGCCGCCGUCCAACGCCAUGACUCCUCCGAAGUCUCCAGUCGCUCCUCCUCCUUCUUCAACUCCUUCUUAUCCUUCUCAUCCGACCACCAGUUGGGAUCGACAAAAAGAAAACAUCUAAAAGUCUUCGUUUCAGCCAGUUACGACGAUUACGAGGAGCCGCCUUGUGAGCCGGAGCCUGUAGCCGUGGCGCCGAGCAAUUUCGCUUCGCAGUACGAUUUCCCGCCACCAAGUACGGAUGGUCAGGGGUUCAGAAAGAGAAUAAACUUGGAAAAAAGGUUCAGAAGUAACGAAGGAAGCGGUUCCUCCGAUCUCUCAGUACGACUUUCCGCCGACCGUCGACACGACGACUACAGGAGUCAGAGCCCUUGCUCUUUGGGACUACCAGGCUGGUCAGUGCUUCGACUGA